AGCGGAAGUGAAGUACGGAACGUUUAGAAAGAUGCACACUUUACAGGAAACGAGUGUUACUGUUUACGGGAUUACAAACAUGUCGACAUUUUGAUCUUAGUUGAGCUUUUUUCGGUUGUAAAUUUGUAUUUAAAGAUUAACGUGAGUCACAGGGAAGCUUUAAAUGUCAUAAAGCAUGGAGGCGCGCUUCGGUAAAGAAGUGGCGUCGGUGGUGGAAGUCGCUAUCCGCUCGACCGUGUCUGUCUUCAGGGACACCGAAGAGGUGCCGAACGAGGAGGCGAAGUUUGCUCACAUCCAGGAGAUCGAGAAGAGCCUGGUGGCUCAGAUCCAGAAAGUGUUCUCGGCGGUGUGGUCGGAGUUGUCCGAGGAGAACGAGGCUCUGCGGGCGAAAGUGGAGCAGCUGGAGGAUGUUCUGCGGAGGAAAGCGGGGCAGCUCGAGCAGGAGCUGGAGGCCAGAGUGGGUCAACUAGGCAGAGACAUGGAGCUACUGGAGAAGGAGCUGAAGACCAUCAGUGAAAGCAGCAGCAAAACACAAGAAGGCUUCACUGACCUUGAGCACGAGGACGGCCCAACCACAUCAGCCAGUACAGCAACUCCAACGAUGUUUGUCAGCACAGUUCCCUCUGACUCCACUGUGCUGCUGGUGGGCGCUAAUGAAGUGGUCACCCAGACCCCGAUAUCUUCACUUGAUGAUCUGAAAUCUGCAGCGUCUCCUGAAUCCGGGCCUCAGGAUGUCCCCAGCCCAGAUUCCUGCUCUGCCGCCGCAGGUCUCGACCGCUCACAAGAAAAGAUGUCACUGGAGCCUUUUGAGGAGGGACAGUCGCUGAAAAGCGGUCGUACAGGCGGGGCGGCAGAUGGAGCAGAAGCAGAUGUUCCUGACAACACCUCUGACGAGAAAACAGUCAAGUCAGAGGACGUUCCGGGACGAGGUCUCAGGAGAACUCAGUCUCAAGCAGGAAAACGGUUCUUCUGUGAGCUCUGUGACACUGGCUUUCACUGGAAAGGCGACCUGAAGAAACACAUGAAGGUCCACAAAAAGACUUUUCCUUGUGAGCAAUGUGACAGAAGCUUCCUGGACAAGAAGACUCUGGAAAACCACCUUUUGAGUCACGAGUCCUCAAAAGAGCCGCUGCCGUUUCCCUGUCCUCAGUGUAAGCGAUCCUACAAGAGGGAGCAAUCCCUCCAGAACCACCUCAGGUGUCACCAGAAGUCCAAACCACCAAAGCCGUUUGCGUGCGAUCAGUGUGGGAAGACAUUUAGAAUCCAGCAGUCUCUGGAAAACCACCUCUUACGCCACGAGAAGUGGAAGCAGUCCUUCAAGUGUCAGCUUUGUGAAAAGACGUGUAAGACGCCGGUGCAGCUGAAGUGUCAUAUGGCCGUACACUCGGAGGAAAGGCCGUUCAGCUGCGCCACCUGUGGGAAGGAGUUCAAGAGCAAAGACACCCUACGCUUCCACCAGAUGGUUCACACAAGCACCAAAAAGUAUAAGUGCACAAUGUGUGAGGAGUCCUUCAAGUAUGCCCACUCGCUGACCGUGCACAAGAGGAAGCACACGGGCGACAGUCCGUUCAUCUGCGACGUGUGCAACAGGUCGUACCGAACCGGUACCGCUCUGAAGAGGCACAAGGUGAUCCACACAGGGGAGAAGCCUUUCACGUGUCACAUAUGUGGAGCGAGCUUCAACCUCAACAACAACCUCAAAAGGCAUCUUCGCAUUCACACCGGCGAGAAGCCGUUCACCUGCCAGGAGUGUGGCAAGAGCUUCUCAGAAAACAACAAGCUCAAGUCCCACAUGCUCAUCCACGGGGCCAGGAAGCCCUUCAUGUGUGACCUCUGUGGGAAGACAUUCCUCUUCAACUGCAGGCUGCAGAUCCAUCAGAAGUACGUACAUGCCGACAAAUCCCAGGAAUCAGACGGCAUUUUCCAGACCAGACGGCAAAACAAGUCACUAGUUAAACCGUUCAGUUGUAAAAUCUGUCUGAAGGGUUUCAGCGCCGCGUCUUCCCUGAAGCUUCACGAAAAAGGCCACAGCGAACACAAGGAGUUCCAGUGCAGCUUGUGUGGGAAGGCUUUCCACAACAAGUACUCCUUCAGCUAUCACCAGCGAAGCCACUUGGGCGAGAAGCCGUUCGUGUGCGACGUGUGCGGAAAGAGGUUUUUCCACGCUGCAAGUCUAAAGCAGCACGAGCGCAUUCACACCGGGGAGAAGCCGUACAAAUGCGACCAGUGUGGGAAAGCCUUCCGAACCGACGGAAACUUCUACAGACACAUGAGGAUCCACACGGGCGAGAAGCCUUUUGAGUGUGUUUUCUGUCAGAAGAAGUUUCACCAGUCCAACCAGCUCAAGUCUCACCUGCAGAUUCACACCGGCCAGAAACUCUACACCUGCAAGCGUUGUGGGAGUGGCUUCUCCGACUCAAGGCAGUUCAAGAAGCACAGCUGCGACGCGUCGUAGAGACUAGAACCAUCAUCUGAAUCAGCAAAGAAAUCAUUGUGUUUUAGUGUAAAUUGCUUGCUUAAAAUCUGGCAAGAUGGUAAUCUGUCAGGUCAGAGAAUACCAGUUUUUUCUUUUUCAUGGUUGAGAAAUGAAUGUUAAUUUCACGUCAAUUCAUUACUGAGUGCGUUCAAUAAUGACUGAAUUGUUGAGCUCAAAUCCUGAUCAACGAAGUGUUGUUUUUGUUCCUUUUGUUUGAGUUUAGUUUGUCCUUAUGAAGCCUGAACAGAAAUGUUCAGCUGUAAUGAAUUUGGUGGUUUUGAAGAUGCUUUAGGCCAGUUGCUAUUAAACUUACUCUAUGCUUUGA